CAAGGACGUGUGAUCAAUUAUGUUUGGGAUUUAUCAGCUGGAUGAAACUCACAAAAGAGAUUGGUCAGUUACGGUCCUGAAUAUCACUAACUGUAAAGUGUAAAACAAACAGUUUGAAAUAAUCCAAGUAAAAAGCAUUUAAAUGACAGUCUUAAUGCACUCAGUAUUACACUUUACAUUUUCAAUACAAAUGUGAACUUUGCAACAAUAUAAAGCGUUAUUUGUAAAUUACGCAAAAUAUUGAAUUUUAACGAAUGUACUUCAUAAGUAGCUUUUAUAUAUAAAGCCUCAAGUAUAUACAGUGUAAAUGCCUUUGUUUAAGUAAUCAUAGCAUUGCUGUUUUUCAGGAUUGAAAAAUGAAUUUAUUAGUAUUCAGUAUACUAAUAACUUAUAUACUGGAUAGCGUUUAUAGUGUACACAAUGGAUAUACUAAUGGAAUUGACACAACUACCAGUCAUCAUGGUGGAGGUGAAAGUCAGGAAAGUUCUGUAGAUGUUUAUGAUAAAUAUUCCAAUGGUAAAAUAUACAGUAAUGAGUACACGAGCGAUGAUUCCAGCAAGUACACUGACGGUAAAAUCUAUGAUAAAUAUGGUCAUGAAAAGGGAGACGAUAAACAUGCUUACGGCAAAAAUUAUGGAAAAAGUUACGAUAAAUAUGCUUAUGACAAGUACGGGUAUGGUAAAUAUGGAUAUGAAAAAUAUAGUUAUGACAAAUAUAGCUAUGGAAAAUACGGAUAUGACAAGUAUGGUUAUGAUAAAUAUAGUUAUGAAAAGGGUUACGACAAGCAUGGAUAUGACAAAUAUGAUAAGGAUAAAUAUGGUUAUGAGAAAGGUUACGACAAAUAUGUCUCUGAUAAAUAUGGUUAUGGGAAAAGCUACGACAAGUAUGGCUCUGACAAAAAUAGUUACGAGAAGGUUUACGACAAGCAUGGCUCUGAUAAAUAUGGUUAUGAGAAGGUUUACGACAAAUAUGGCUCCGAUAAAUAUGGUAACGAGAAGGUCUACGACAAGUAUGGCUCUGACAAAAAUAGUUACGAGAAGGUUUACGACAAGCAUGGCUCUGAUAAGUAUGGUUAUGAGAAGGUUUACGACAAAUAUGGCUCCGAUAAAUAUGGUAACGAGAAGGUCUACGACAAGUAUGGCUCUGACAAAAAUAGUUACGAGAAGGUUUACGACAAGCAUGGCUCUGAUAAGUAUGGUUAUGAGAAGGUUUACGACAAGUAUGGCUCCGACAAAAAUAGUUAUGAGAAGGGUUACGACAAAUAUGGCUAUGACAAGUAUGGCUCUGACAAAUAUGGUUACGAGGUCUACGACAAGUAUGGCUCUGAAAAAAAUAGUUAUGAGAAGGGUUACGACAAAUAUGGCUAUGACAAGUAUGGUUAUGAGAAGGUUUACGACAAGUAUGGCUCCGACAAAAAUAGUUAUGAGAAGGGUUACGACAAAUAUGGCUCCGAUAAAUAUGGUUACGAGAAGGUCUACGACAAGUAUGGCUCUGACGAAAAUAGUUACGAGAAGGUCUACGACAAGCAUGGCUCUGAUAAGUAUGGUUAUGAGAAGGUUUACGACAAGUAUGGAUCCGAUAAAUAUGGUUACGAGAAGGUCUACGACAAGUAUGGCUCUGACAAAUACGGUUACGAGAAGGGUUACGACAAGUAUGGCUCUGAUAAAUAUGGUUAUGAGAAGGUUUACGACAAGUAUGGCUCUGACAAAUAUGGUUACGAGAAGGGUUACGACAAGUAUGGCUCUGACAAAUAUGGUUACGAGAAGUAUGGCCAUGAGAAACAUGGUAACGACAAAUACGGUUACGACAAGUACGGGUAUGACAAGUAUGGUUAUGGAAAAGAUUAUGAGAAAUACGGUUACACCAAAGAAUAUGGUAAGCAUUAUAAGGAUUACUAUAAGAAAUAUGAAAAAUACGAUUAUGGUAAUAAAUAUGAAUACAGUGAUAGUAAAGAUCAUGAUAAGCAUGAUCAUGAUGAACAUGACCAUCAUGACGAGCACGACCACCACCAUCAUCAUCAUGGGCAUGACCACCAUCAUCAUGGACAUGAUCACAAACAUGGCAAAGGAUACUAACUACAGUGGAUAACUUCUUCCUAAGAUAUAUAAAAGCUAAAAUUAAUAGUCGCAGUAAAGUGACUUUCUCAUUGCUUUUUCAAUAGUCAGUUGGUGAAUCAUAUAGACAGUGGAAAAAAGCCACUUCUAGUGUGAUAUUAAAAAAACUAGUUUUCAUUUCCGCUAAAAUAAUAAAAAUUACUAAAAUUCCAACGAUUGUAGACGUUAAUUUUAUUUGUUAAUCUUUAUUGUAUUAAGCAUAUGAAGAGAAAAAAUUUAACUAAUGGAUAAAAAUUUAUAAGAUUACAGUGCUGACGGAUGAAAAGUUGAUAUUACUGUUACACGAGUAGCAUCAGAAUGGUAAUUACGUUUAUUAUAGAGAGAUUAUAGAUAGAUACCAUACAUGUAGUUUAAUUUGGAGAGUUAUGCGAUCAGCAUCUUUUUUAUUUAGAUUAACUUGUUGAGUGAAUCUAAAAUGUUUUUAAAAUAAAAUAUAUGCGCGUAUAUGUUUUAAACCAAAAACUUUUUGAUAGAUUUACAACGUAAAUUGCGUGUGCUCAGAUAUUUGAGUAUCCAAUUAUGAUACUGAGGUCGGGAACUGAUCUAACUUUGACGACUUUUGGGAACCUGGGAUGCUACUUCACUCUGGUAUUAGAACCCUCGCCAAUGCCCAUCCACGACCCCGCAUCUUGGAAUUGAACCCUAAACCUUCAGCCUCAUAAGCUAAAGCCUAAAUCCUAGACAUUUCAGCCGGCAUUCAACAGUGUCAAUGUCUAGCUUCAAUCAACUCACUGUACUGCACAACUCCUACCUGUUACCUGCAAUGGAUGGCUGUGAAAAUUUUACAAAUUUACCAUACUAUACAUUUCUUAGGUAAUAUAUUUGGGAGUUCGAGCCCUAGUAGGGUCAUGAGCGCAUACCGUUGGGGAGCUCCACACUAGGAUGAAGUCGGUUCCUGGUUUUCAACAGUCGUUUAGCUAAUAUCAGUUUGAGGUGUAAGACUACGGAUCGGGAUAUACAUGAUUUGACCCAAGAUUUUACUGAAUUGGUGGUGUAAUUUCCACUCAUAAUCCUCAUACAUAUAGUUUUACCAUAGUACUGCCUUGUCAAUUUAAUGAUAUUUUUCAGUGGUAACGAAUCUUUGGCAUGUGGAAGAAGCUUUUCAUCUAGUUAACCUAAAAUCAUUAGCAGACAUCUUUCAUAAAACGAAUAUUAUGUGAUAGUUAUAAUUGGUCAGCCUUAAUUUCAUAUAUGUUAUGUCUAGACUGUUAUCACAAUAUUUUCAAGUAGGCUAACAAGUGGACAAAGCUAGCUGGUUAUGAAUUGACAUGUAGAUUUUUGUUGAAUACUACUUAUGAAUAGUUUGACAACCCACAGUUCUCAGAUGUUUAUAGGAUAUUUAGUAUGUGGUUUGCGGUGCAGUCUAGAAAGCGUGUACUGUCCCCUUUUGGAUUCGUCAGCUAAAUGUACCACCAUCCCACUAUUAAUACUCACACUGAGAUCGGAUUCCAGUACCUUUUACUUCUAAUGAAAACGGAUUAUCCAAUUAUUUAGAAAAUAUUUUACUGGUAACAAUACAUCUAUUCUAAAUAACUUAUGACAAAAUAGCUGUAUCGAGACAAUCCUUGAAUGUUCCGCAUGUGGAAGUAAAGACUGAUCAAAAUUCAGUUAUAAUUAUCAACCAUGGGAUAACUAAGAGGCUAACUAAUAGUAAUAUGAGGUAUUAGUAAUGGUUUAGGUUUUUCAGCUGUUAAAGUUCAGUAAUUCUGACAAAUCCUCAAGGAAUCGUCUCGAUGAAACGUGUCCUGGAUCGGACUCCUGUAUACAAACCAAAUAUACUAAGAAGUUGUGACUAAAGGUCCAGGAUGCAUACGAAGCAAAGGAGACCGACUAACUGCGGUCCUGAAAAACAACAACGGGAAAUUACGAACCUGUAUUAAAAUACAGACGGUCUAUAGUCAUAAAUGUUAUCAAAUGAUGAACUAACAGGAACUAGGAAGCACUAGACAGAAAUCUUAUUCCAGUAUGGAAGUAGUUAGCUGCUAGUAACCACGACUCCAUGUUCAGUCGAACUCAGAAGUGCCUUAUUCUUUGAAGUACACCAGGAUUCAGUGGUUCAUAUCUAUAACUUCAGUCAACUUAAGAUAUAGCGAGGUAACCACUCAGUGACUUUGGUAAUAGUUGAAAUUUGACAAGUUACUUCAUAAUCUCCUUACGAUCGGUUUAGCAGACAAAUGACGACGGGCAGAGCUCAAUUUCCUUUAUUUGGUACUGAGGUCUGUCAUGAAGUAGCUUUGGAUCAGUUUUACUAAAAACUUUCCUGACAGCAGCCAAUAAAAGUCUCUACAAUACAGUGAAAUUAUAUUACAAUUUUAUAAUUUUUGACGUUUCUUAGGGAGCAAACUUUACGAUAUUGUAAUUUCUGUUUGUUCGAAAUAUGAGGAUCUCUAUAUUACCUCACCAUAAUACAAUAAAUCAUCAAAUAUCAUCGAGGAUUUUGAGUUUCUAAAGAAAAGCUUAUCACAAAGAUGUAUUCAAGUCAUUCUAGGGGUUCGGAAAGUAUUUCCC